GGCAAAGCGCGCCAAGUUCAAAUAUCAGCGCCUUUUUUCCAAAAAAUUAAACACUACUACCAGUUUAUUAAGUCCGUUCAAUUGUUAAGCCUUUUUCUCGUUUCAUCUGCAAUUACAGUAACAGUCAGAGCUCAGCGACAACAAUGGCGGACGCUUCCAACAACUCCAGCUUUCUCAAUCCAUGGCUUCUCCAUCACCAGAAACUGGGUCUCGAGCUCAAGUGCCCUCUCUGCCUAAAUCUGCUCAACCGGCCACAGCUGCUCCCCUGCAAUCACAUCUUUUGCGAUUUCUGCGUACCGAGAUCUACCCAGUUUGGAUCGGAGUGCCCCGUCUGCAAACAACAGUACGCUGAACUUGAUGUAAGGCCAGCACCUUAUAUGGAAAAUCUAGUUACCAUCUAUAGAAGUUGGGAUGCCAGUUUUGGUGCUAGUCUGUUCCCGCCUCUUUCUUCUGGAGCUAAAAGGGUUUCUAAGGAAUUGCCUUCUUCCCUUAAAACAGAUGAUGAUAACAAAAUAAAGGAGUUAUUUGGAACACCUCAAGAGGGAUCUAGCAAUGGGGAGUGCCAAAUUUUAUUACCUACUUGUAAACGAGUUUGGGCUCCUCUUUACCAUUCUGCUGAAGAAGGGAAUGAGUUGACUGGGAAAUUUGACAAAUCUACACCGCCAAUCAAUUUUGUGACAGAUCAAUUCAAGAUGGGCUAUGUGGAUCGAGUGGUUUUACGUGGUGGGGGUAAUGUUUGGAUGAGAGGUGCAAAACAAGAAGAGCUUGUUACGGAGGAAUUAUGUAUUAAUCAAGAAUUACAAUCAUCACCAAUCAGCCCUCCUUCAUUUGAUACCAAAGGAAUAGCUGAUGAUCCAGGGAGCAGCAAUGAUAGUACAGGAAAAAUCCCAGCCAAGAGAUUACUUGAGGACAACUAUAAUAAGGGAGAAGGAGAAUUGGAUAGACUCUCACCUGGUGCUGGGGUAGAUCGUGCCAGGAAAGUUAAAAGACAAAGGAAACAUAGCAAUGGGUUGCUCAAGAUGGGUGCGCCUUACACAGGCUGCACUCAACCAAAUAUAGUUCACACAGGAAGUCUGGAAAUAUCAAAACUGGAAUGCGGAGAACUGUCUGGUGUAAAGGAUCCAACAAUUUCAGAUUCAAAUGAUGCAAGUGGAAGUAUUUGUGCAUUUUGCGAGUCCUCUGGAGUCAAGGAUAGUACGGGGCCCAUGUUGCAUUAUGUCAAUGGAAAGGAAGUUGUUGGAAAUGCAGCAACAAACUCAAAUGUUAUACAUGCUCACCAGAUAUGCAUUGAAUGGACACCUCAAGCUUAUUUUGUUGGUGAAACUGUUAAAAAUUUGAAGGCAGAAGUAGCAAGAGCUGCAAAGCUGAAGUGCAGCAAAUGUGGGCUAAGAGGAGCAGGUCUUGGUUGCUUUGUGAAAUCAUGUCGCAAAAGUUAUCACGUGCCUUGUGCGAUGGAAGUCUUGGGUUGUAGAUGGGACUUUGAGGACUUUCUAGUGUUAUGCCCAAAUCAUUCCUCAGUCAAGUUUCCCUGUGAGAAGUCCAAGUCCAGGAAGCAUGCAAGUGAAGAACAGGAUUUUGCGCCAACUGAGAUGAUAAUCUCUAAGCAGCCCAAGGUAUGGGAAGCCUCACGUAAUGGAGUGAAAGAAUGGGUUUUCUGUGCAUCUGCUCUGUCAGUGGAAGAAAAGUACCUUUUGGUCAAGUUUGCAAGCACGUGUGGUGCAACUGUGGCCAAGUUUUGGAAUCCAAAUGUUACCCACGUCAUUGCUGCCACAGAUGCAGAGGGUGCAUGUAGCAGGACAUUGAAAGUUAUGAAGGCAAUUUUGAGUGGGAAAUGGAUCCUUAAGACUAGCUGGAUCAGAGCAUGCAUGGAAGCAAUGCAUCCUGUGGAUGAAGAACCUUAUGAAGUUGCUCUAGACAAUCAUGGCUGUCGUAAUGGCCCCAAGACUGGCAGACUUAGGGCCUUGGAUAAUGCACCAAAGCUCUUCAAUGGAUUAUGUUUUUACUUCAGCGGCGACUUUAUACCUGGUUACAAGGAAAAUCUUCUAGAUUUGGUUACCACUGCAGGAGGUUUUGUUAUUGAGAGCAAGACACAACUUAGAGAACAAAGUCAGAAACCUGCUUCACAGUUAACUCUAAUUGUCUAUAACAAUGACCCCAUGCAAGGGUGCAGAUUGGAAGAGGAUGGUUCUGUUGUGCUUCAAAGGCUAGAAACAGCAGAAAAUUUGGCUGGUGAAACUGGGUCUGAGGUCAUUCCCCACACUUGGCUGUUGGAAUCAAUUGCUGCAUGCAAAAAGGCUUGGAAUCAAUUGUAAUUUGCAUCUUUUUAUGCCAAUUGUAACCUUUUUACUUGUCUCAGAUGGGCUUGUAUUAGAGAAGUGUAUGGCUAGGGUUUAAUGUCUCGUGAGGUACUAAAACUUCUUCCUAAUUCGAAUGAGUGGAUUGCAGCAGUGAGCAGCCCCUCGAGUUUUGCCCC